AUGGAUUUGAUGAACUCCUUGUUGAACUUGGUGGUGCCUCCGGCAAGCAUGGUGAUGAUGGCCUGUGCCUGGCCUGGCUUGACUUUUAUCAGGACUUGUGAGUGGAUCUACGGUUACUUCAACACUGAGAAUAUGGAAGAUAAGGUUGUGAUCAUCACCGGUGCUUCCUCUGGCAUAGGAGAGCAAAUUGCAUACGAAUAUGCAAAGAGGAAAGCAAAACUUGUAUUGGUUGCAAGGAGAGAUCAGAGACUUCGAGUGAUCAGCGAGAAUGCGAGACUUAUGGGUGCAAAUCAUGUCAUGAUAGUGGCCGCAGAUGUGGUCAAGGAAGAUGAUUGCCGGAGAUUUGUUACCGAAACCAUAAACUACUAUGGUUCUGUGGAUCAUCUCGUGCUGACGACAAGUUUGGGGCACACGUUCUACUUCGAAGAAGUGACGGACACCUCUGUGUUUCCUCAUAUUUUGGAUAUAAAUUUUUGGGGAAAUGUCUAUCCAACGCUGGCCGCUCUUCCAUAUUUGCAUCAGAGCAACGGUCGAAUCAUUGUUAAUGCCUCAGUCGAGAACUGGUUACCUCUGCCGAGGAUGAGCUUAUAUGCUUCUGCAAAAGCGGCUCUAAUAAAUUUUUUCGAGUCACUGAGAUUUGAGCUGAGUGAUGAGGUGGGAAUAACAAUUGCAACGCACGGUUGGGUUGGAAUGGAAAUGACUAGAGGCAGGCUCAUGCUUGAGGAGGGGGCAGAGAUGCAAUGGAAAGAAGAAAGGGAAGUACAUGUGAGCGGUGGACCAGUGGAGGACUAUGCCAGGAUGAUUGUCACGGGAGCUUGCCGUGGAGAGGCAUAUGUAAGGUUUUCGAGCUGGCAUGAUAUAUUCCUCCUCUACAGGACCUUUGCACCGAACCUUCUGAACUGGACACUUCGGUUACUGAUUGCACAAAAUGGUACAAGAAGAACAUCUUUGGUCGGCACGGGAAGGCCUCUCUUGGAGGGUGCCUCUCCUACGAAACUCCUUGUAAGUCCUGCUUCCCCAUACAGUCCCCAGCACUCGCAGCAACAGAAAAUGGAAUGAAGAAACCAUGCCGUUUAACGUUUAUUGUCUAUUCGUGCACUACACUUUGAGGGAUUUUUUUUUUGGGUGUGUUUUUGGCUUGUGAUGAGGUUGAGAAUAAGUGGAAACCUGUUUGUGCACAAUAUGAAAAUUUUUCUUUUGGAUGGCCGAGUACCACUCAGCUGUACUAAGCAUAUCUAAGCACCUGUCUGUUGGUCAAGCCA